GUACAACGUAACAUUUCUUUUACUACUCAAAAAUAAGAAAAAGGAAGUAAUAGAAAUAGGCUCUGCCGAAAAUAUGUUCAUUAGUAGGGUUGCUAUUGAACCUCGAGCACUCUGUGAAUUAUUCUUGUCUUCAUCUUGGAAAAUAUUGGACCAAAUGGCAGGACUGUAUUCAAGAAAGGGCAGCAUACCUGACAUUUUGAACAUCAGCAACGGACGUUAA